ACCCCAAAGCAGGAGUCGCUCUUCAUAUCCUCUUUUCUAUCUUACCACAUCCAGCAGCCUCACAUUUGCAUCAUUCUCCGGUGCUGGGCAUCGCUCGGACACAUUCGGCCGUCUCUAGUUGAAAAGGACUUCAAUGAAAAACCAGUCAUGAGGAAUCCGCUGCUCACUGUGUGGCUCAUCGUCACGUUUUCAGCAGCUGGGUUUGGUGAUAUCGUGUAUCUCAGCAGGCAGCGGAAUUCCUCUGUGGAGUUUUCCUGCACGUCCACAAAUGUGAACGCAAAGCCGUUUGCGUUUUCUCUGAUGCGUGACCUGGUGAAACCUGAAAAAGUGCUGUAUGAGUACUUUGGGAAAAGCCCUUCCAUUUUUAAUGAGAAAGACAAGAACCGGUUUGUUGUGCGGGUUGUUGAUUCAAGCCACCACCAAGUCACUGUGAACAUCUCACACCUGCUGGGGCGCCACACUGACCUGUACCACUGUGUCUUCCACUAUGAUUUUCAGAAGUUUGAGGAUUAUCCUGGCAAGCCAAAGUUUUUUCUCUAUGUUGAAGACUCCAUUCCUGAAGAGUGCACUUGCUACAGCUACGAGCCAUUGCUCUACGCUCUAUCAGCUGCAGCAGUGCUGCUGUUCCUGUGUGUGCUGAUUCUCGCUGGAGCCUACUGCAGGCCACCCAGCCAGCCGAAACCACAGACAGUUCCCAUCUACGAGGAGAUGAACGGGGUGAGAACAGUGAACGGAAAAGCAGGCAGCUGUCAUUUCAGCACGUAUCUGAACGAGCAGGAGGAAACCGAGACGUCUGAAUAUAUCCGGCCCCGCAGAGAAAACCCCUAUGACCCCUUGCCUGGGUCUGACCCCUACAGCCUAUAAUAUCAUUGUUUUUUGAUAACAGUGUAUUACAACUGUGGUAUCUAAACCAUGGUGCACAGAACAUCUCUGAAGCUCUUCUGGAACUGGAUUAGUUUUACCUGGGGAGGUUCUGUAAGAGAUUACUGCUGAGAUCGGGGACUUUAAUCCAGUAUGAAUCUGCACUGUGUCAUUUGUAGAGUGUAUAGUGGUCAUAUUCCAAUCCACCUCAUGCUAAGGGAAUAACAAAUACUGAUCACAGACACAGCCUUGAAGCAUAUUACUGUUAUUGGAUAUGUACAACGGCAUCAUCUUUGGGAAUCUAGGGGAACAUGGAGAUUUUAUCCUAAACCAACUGACCAGUCAGGUCGCAUACAUUAUAUCAUACAGCCUCCACUGGGAAAUCUAAGCCUGUUCCAGCCCUGCUUUAGGCUUUUCAUGUUACAGGAUUGAAGUGGCCCAGAUCUGAAUGUUUGCCUGAAUAUGAAACAGAUCCUUUUAGUGUUAACACAAAAUCUGUAUAUUUAUAUAUAUCUGAAUAUCAGAUUGGAGACACUUUCAUAUUUGCUCCUAGAUCUGACGCAUAUCUACAUGGCUUUGCAACUGUAAUGAGAAGAGUCGGUUUGGAAGAGUCAGAUCAGAACCUUUUUUUCCUCAUCUGUGCAAGCUUAGGUCACUGUGGUCAUCAUCCUCGGUUGACAGAUAUGGAUCAUUUUGACAUGAACUUCUGAAUCAGUUAGGCUGAAAGUUCUCUGGAUCUAAGAAACUGAGCAAUACAGCCUGUAAUGUAAAAGCAGCCUUAGCAGCCACAACACAGCAUGUACUUUAUAGAGGAACUGUAAUAAUACAUUAAUAUGAAUAUAUACUGUAACCUUGAAGUGUAAGUCAGGUCACAUUUCUGGGUCCUUUAUGGUAAACAAGUAAACUCACUGUAGCACUGA